CCCUACACUUUUGAUACUCCUACCAUUUUUCAUAAUUUACUGCGUAUAUACUAGCCGCACCAUCUUCUUGGUCCCCUGCGCGACAAACCUGCUGCCGGAGAAGGAAGGCCAAGUCCGCGAAAGACUUCGCCGGAGUAUUCGCCGGACCAAUUUCCUUCGCCAAUCAGUUGAGGUGGCCGAUCCGAUGGCAGUCAUGUUGAUUAGCCGGAUUUCCCACAGCUGCAUCCAGCCUCUGGCUUCCGCUGCGAUUAUAAAAUAUAUCACUUCAGCCACUAUUUAUACUGAUGCUUCCAAUCACGAAGAUGAUCCCUUUAAGAAACACCCGGGCUACCGCCACCUUUCCGCCAUCAAAUCCAAGGGAGAACUACUCCGAUCUUUCUCUGUCACUCCACCAAUCCUACCCUGGCCACGGAACCUCACCCAUAAACGUCUCAUUUCUCUUAUAUCUCAACAGCAUGACCCGAACUUGGCACUCCAUAUCUUUCACCAUGCAGGUAAAUACCACCGCGGGUUUUCCCAUAAUUACGAAACCUACCACCAAAUCAUCCGCAAACUCUGUCGAGCCCAUGCCUUCACUUCCAUGGAGACCGUUUUGGCUGAAUUACAGCAAAGUGAAAUCAGUUGUCCUGAAGAAUUGUUUGUCACCAUCAUUCGGAACUAUGGCAUUGCAAGCAAACCGAAACAUGCCAUUAAGGUUUUCUUGAAAAUAAAAAAAUUUGGAACCGAAAGGACAGUGAAGUCUCUUAAUACAUUGCUGAAUGCUUUGGUUAACAACAAAGAGUAUGAUUUGGUCCACAUCCUGUUUAAGAAUUGUAGAAAGAAGUUGGACAUUGUACCUAAUUUAGUGACAUGUAAUAUCUUGUUGAAGGCUUUGUGUAAGAAACGUGAUAUUGAUGCUGCAAUUUCAAUUCUUGAUGAAAUGCCUGCAAUGGGAAUAGUUCCAAAUGUUGUUAGCUACACGACCAUUCUAGGUGGGUAUGUGCUUAGAGGCGAUAUGGCGGGUGCAGAGAGAAUGCUUAACGAGACCCUUUAUAAAGGAUUGUUCCCCGAUGCAACUACAUAUACCAUUUUGAUGGAUGGAUUUGUUAAGAAAGGGCAGUUGAUGAAUGCCAUCAAGGUGAUGGAUGAGAUGGAGGGCAAUGGUGUCAAACCAAAUUAUGUAACUUACGCAGUGAUGAUUGAUGCAUUGUGUGCAGGGAAGAAGCCAGGUGAAGCGGUCAGCUUGCUCAAUGACAUGCUCGAGAACAGGUAUCUACCCAGCGAAACACUCUGUUGUCGUGUCAUAGAUGCUAUGUGCGAAGCAGGGAAGAUCCAAGAGGCGUGCAAUCUCUGGAACAAGUUGCUGAUAAAGAAUUGCACCCGAGACGAUGCAAUAUCAAGCACACUCAUACACUAUCUAUGCAAGGACGGAAAACUUUGGGAUGCUAAGAAAUGGUUUGAUCGGCUCAAGAGGUGCUCGACUCCCAGUGCCUUGAUGUAUAACACACUGAUUGCCGGGAUGUGCGAGAACGGAGAGAUUUUUGAAGCCGGGAGGCUAUGGGAUGACAUGGUGGACAAGGGAUGCGCGCCGAAUGCGUUUACAUAUGAGAUGCUGAUCAAGGGUUUUUGCAAAGUUGGUAAUCCGAAAGAGGGAAUCAGAGUUCUACAGGAGAUGAUAGAUAGCGGUUGUUCACCAAACAAAACUACCAUCACUGCACUAGUCCAAGCGCUCUGUGACUCAAAAUCUGAAGAGGAGAAGUUAUUGAGGUGCUUUUCGGGGUUGCUUCCAGAGGACUAACAACAACAACAACAAACCCAGUAGAAUCCAAUGAGUAUAAAUGGGACCAUUAAGUAGUCUUCUUCAGCCAUUCUCUGGUUUUUGUGCUUUGUGAACCAGGCUUUAGAGUAUAAAUGGGACCAUCAAGUAUUUGCAAGAACCUCUGGCUGGCAAAUAACAGAAGAUUGUGUGAUCUAGAGAGCAUUGAAAGCUGAGCAAAUAAAGUAAGCUAUAAGAUGGAAUGAAGGCUGCCCAGCAAAAAAAACACCGAAAUAUGAAGGAAUAGAUUUUUUUAUGUGGGGAUUCAAACGGGAGAAGAUCACGAGCUUUUUUCUGUGAAGGAGACAAGGCUACUGAGGUGAGAGAGAAGGGUGAUGUCAGAUUUGAAGAAAAGCCAAGAGUCCGCCGUGCAAUAGAUGAGCAGUUUGACAUGCUUGAACUUGAAGAAUAUGGAUCAGAAGGGGAAGAUGAUUGCAUUAAUUAUAUGGAUGAUGAAAAUGAUUGUCAGGUGCAGGGAAUAUGCUGAGAAGUAUGAAAAUGAGAGUGAAGAUGAUGAAGAGGCAGUUCUUUUUGAGGAAAGCAGCAGUGAAUCUGAAAUAUGGGACUGUGAGACAGUUAUUUUCUACAUAUUCCAAUCUGGACAAUCAUCCUGGGAAAAUUGAAGUUCCAGGUGCACAGAGAAAAAAGAAGUGAUAGCUGG